UGGGUGCCGUGAGGGCAGUCAGCACAUGCUACCAAGUGCCACUCCCCUUAAUAAUGUCACAACACUGAAGGCCCAGAGGGGUUUGUUGUCACAGCCGGCUCGAGCCUAGUGAUCCACGCUGCAGAACAGCUGCUGGCUCACCGGCUGAGUUCACUGGCCACACAGAGACGGGCAGAGCAGAGCGUUUGUGCCCGGUGACUUGCCCUAACUGGAGGUCCCUCAACCCCAGCGGGGCGGCUGGCUCUUGGUUACGGCACCGCUUCACUAGGGCUAGAGGUUUGGGGGUGUGCUCGGGAGCUGGCUCCGGAGCAACGCUCGAGUGGCACCCCCAGCUAACCCGGCGGCAAGGACAAGUCCCCAGAAGCAGAAGAAAAGCUGUCACAGCCUGGAGAUUUUUAUGGCUAGUAGCAAACAUUGGUAUUUACAGAGGGUGGUGUGUGCAUUAACACAUCCCAGCUGUGGUAAAUGAAGGGGGAUAGCUCCCUCUGAUGGCCAGCCAGUGAGCUGUAAAAUCCCUCUUGGUAGCUGUUUACUUGCUUUAUCUGUAAAAGGUUAAAAAGUCCCCCAGGAAAAGAAAGUGGGCACCUGACCAAAAGAGACAGUGGGAAGGUAGAACUUUUUAAAAUAGGGAAAGAAAUUUUCCCUUUGUCUAUUGUUCUCUGGGCUGGAGGGACAGAGCAGCCAUGCUAUAAGCAGCUUAAGCCAGGUAUGAUCAUAAAGCAUCAGAUUGUGCCUAAAACUACUCAUCUGAACUCCAAAUGUGGUCACUGGCCUAGUGGAGAAGCAGGAGAUGUGAUAUAUCUUUAUUUUAGUAAGGCCUUUGACCUAGUCCCACAUGACAUUCUCACAAGCAAACUGAGGACUGUGGUCUAGACGAAAUUACUAUAAGGACUUGUCUACACAGGGAAUGGACUGGAAUAGCUCCCAUGGGCUACGCUGUUCCGGGAUAGCGCCCCUUGUUCCAGAAGUGGAGGAAGCUGAACCAGAACGAGGUGGAGACACAGCAGUCUCGGUGCUGAUUGUCCAGAAAAUGGCCGAAGAGAGCGCCGAAGUGACAAGCGAUACCAGUAGAGGAGCGAAUGUCUCAAUGCUGCACGGACCAGUGGCAGAAAGGAGAAGAGAUGUAGAUUUCAGCCUAAAAUGCAUUAAAGAUAAACGGAUCCCAAUUACCGUUACUGUCGUCAUCACAGCUUUGAUCAUCACCAUAAUUGCGCUGGCGGCCAAGAAGACUCCUCCCUGCCCACGCUGCCCGCCCCACGUCACUGCUGCAUGCCCGGACGGCUGGGUUGGAUACCAAGGUAACUGUUACCACUUCUCAGAGACUGAAGGGAACUGGAGCACGAGCCAGAGCCACUGCUCUUCCCUCAACGCCUCCCUGGCUUCGAUUGAUUCCCUGACGGAGCUGAAUUUCACGCUGCGCUAUAGGGAGAUCCCUUACCGCUGGAUUGGCCUCCAGAGGGAGCAAGGCCUGGGCCAGCCCUGGAAGUGGACCAACGGUACCAUAUUCAACAACCUGUUUCUGGUCAGAGGGGAAGGGCAGUGCGCCUACCUGAACGAAAAUGGGGUCAGCAGCUCCCGGUGCUACUCAGAGAGACCUUUCAUCUGCAAGCAGCCGGACGAGUGCUCUAGAAGGAAGCCAAGCGCCGCAGGAGGGGACACGAUGGCUAAGAUCACUUAAAGGGCCAAUGCAGCCUCUUCCGUGGAUGCAGAACUUACACAUUCAUCAUCUCUUGGGGAGCAUCCUACCUCUCCAGCCAUUGCUCCAUCCCGCUCCCUGCUGAAAAGCUCUCCUCACAAUGCUCGACUACACUAACUCGACAACACCAUCUCUCCGUUGCCGUGGUACUACUGGACACAGGCCCUGGAGUUAUUGUGUAGUCGAGUCAGUGUAGUCGAGUGUUGUGAGGAGAGUUUUUCAGCAGGGGCCUGGAGGGAGCAAUGGUUGGAGAGGUAGAGGAUGCUCUGCAAGAGAUGACUUAAUAUUAAAUCUAAUAUUCCCUUAAUACGCCAAGUGGAUAAAUUAUUUAGAUUAUGAAGAAUUUUAUUUAAAAAAGAGUAUGUUUCUAGCUUGCUUGGUUAUCAAUAUGCCCUGGCAAAUCAAAGAGAGCCUGAGUCAGCAGAGAGCUUGAAACAAUAACUCAGAAAAAUGCCCCAUUUAAUUAAUUGACUCUGGAACCUAGUGAUGACACUAACUUCUUUCUUUCUGUUUCCUCUAUGCCACUUUUCUUGGUGAGGGUUGCGGCAGCAGCAUGGAGAGUAGGGCGGGCUAGACCUCCCUUUCCUCCACGACAGAUUCCAGCUCCUCCUGGGGAACUCCCAAGCAUUCCCAGGCCAGCCGGGAGAUAUAAUCCCUCCAGCCUGUUCUGGGGGGGCCUCAGGGCCUCCUCCUAGUGGUACGUGGUCUUACUGAGUUCCAAAAGAAGCCUGCCCGGGGGCAUCCCCAGCUGGAUCCUCUCAAUCCAGAGGUGUAGCAGCUCUACUCCGAGGCGCUCCCGAAGAGCCGAGCCCCUCACCCCGUGUAUUAAAAAAAGUCAUGAUUUUGGGGGGAUUUUUGAGUGCUUGGGUUUGACAAAACUGGAUUAACAAAAUCUAAAGGUCAUACGUUUUGGUCGCAGCUGGAACUAGGUGAAAUUUUUUGAGCAAAUCCUUUUAUGUAUUUUAUUUAUUUUGUUUGUUUUAUUUAUUUAGGCAAAAAAUGCAGAUCUUGUGUCACCAAAACAAUGUGAAUUUGUGUCAAUCUUUGCCAAAUUGAUUUGAAAAAAAAACCACCCCGAAAAAAAAAAAAAGCUGAACGUUUCAUUUUCCUGGUUUUGAAAGCAAACUUUUUGACUGAGAAUGGCUUUUUAUUUCAUGAUUUCCUUUAAUUUUUGUUUUCAAAAAUUUAAACCUUAAAAAUCAAAAUGAAACCUUUUUCAAUUUUUUUUUUAACUGUUCAAUGCAAUGAGAAUUUUUGGGGAAAAAAAUUGGUUUUGAUUCAAUCUGAAACCGAAUUUUUGUUUGAUUUGUUGGAAUUUCCAGCAAACUGCAAAAAAUCCAUUAUUUGCCCAGCUCUAGCUGCGACCUCCCCCGCCCUUUCCGUGUUGCUCAGUGAGGGAGGUGGGAUCAAGGUUAGAUGGGAAGUGGACACUAGUGUUCAAAGAGCUUGUGAACAGCCCUGUACCCUGGACUGCAGCUACCUCAGGGACACAAAGACCCUGAGUGUAGGAUACAGACCCUUACACUUGGGAAAAGGCCGAAGAGACACUGAACCAAAGUCAGGGUAAGAAGUAGCCAGUGGAUCUUGGAAACAUCACUUGAAGCUGGGACACGGGAUGGAUCAGUUGAUAAUUGCCUUGUUCUGGUCAUUCAUUCUGAAGCACCCGCCACCAGCUUCUGUUGAAAGUCAGAGCACUGGGCUAGCUGGACCAUUGGCCUGACCCUAUAUGGCUGUUCUUACGAACUUUAUUUUUUUUUUUUAAUAUGUUUUUGAGUAGAUCUGAUCACAAUUUGACAAGAAACAUUUUUUAAAACGUGUUUUCUCCAGGAUUUUUUUUUGCAAUGCUGAAAGUUAUUUAUUUAUUUAUUUAUUUAUUUUAAAUUGUGACUACAACUGUGAAUGGGAGAAACUUAUCAUCUCUCAUCAUCUGCAUUUAAUUCAUUGCUGUGAGCUAAGAUUGUUUGGGUCAGGAGAGCUCCUGAAAGCAUUUAGUCACUUCCCCUAGGCUGUGUAAAUACCAGAAUAACCCAUAAUGACUCCCAGUUAGGAACCAGAAUUAGUGGCCAGGUUUUCAAUAGAUUCAUGGAGUUUAAGGCCAGAAGGGAGCAUUAAAUCAUCUAGUCUGGCCUCCUGCCUAGCACGGGCCAGAGAACUUCCCCCACUUCCCCCUGUAUUGAGCCCAACAACUUGUGUUUGGCUAUAGUCUAUCUUCCAGGAAGGCAUCCAGUGUGGAUAUGAAGACAUCAAGAGAUAGAAAAUCCACAACUUCCCUUGAUAGUUUGUGUCAGUGGUUAGUCUCUUUCUUUGUGAAAAGUGUGUGUCGUAUUUCUGAUUGAAGCAUGUCGUCUGACUUAUCUUCCAGGCGUGAGUUCUUGUUCUGCCUUUCUCUGCUAGGUUGAGGAGCUAGUUGUUUGCGCUAGUAGUUAGUAGCUAGCAGUUUCUCCCCAUGAAAAGACCUACACACUGUAAUCAAAGGCCCUUCUUGAUCUGCUUUUCGUCAGACUAAACAGAUCGAGCUCCUUAAGUCUCUCACUAUGAGGCAACUUUGUCCAACCUUUCAGUCAUUGUGGAAGCUCUUCUCUGCACCCUGUGUGACUUUUCAACCUUUUAAAAAACAUGGACCCCAGAACUGGAUGUACGAUUCCAAUGUCGGGCUCACCGACACCAUAUACAAUGAGCUGAGCUGUUCUGAAAAUGUGCCCUAAGUGUCACAAGGGGAGCUGUCACAAUGGUUGAGGGAAACCUGAAGGUCCUUAGCUUGGAGCAGAAACUAAAGCAAAAAGCAAACAGAAAACACAAACAGAAAACUGAACAUGAGUCAUAGAUUCCAAGGCCAUAAGGGACCACUGUGGUCAUGUCGUCUGACCUCCUGCACGAUACAGGCCAGAGAACUGCUCCAAAAUAAUUCCUGCCUAAGCCAGGCCUCCCAUUUUGGGUUACUCUGGUGUUUAAAAUAGACAAGUAAAUAAAUCUUUGUUUUGGUGGGAGGAAAAAUAAACCAACCAAUCCUACUUCCUCUCACUUCUAAAAACUCUUUUCCCCAUGUCGGGAGGGAGGGAUGGGGAAAUAUUUUUUGUAAAAAAGGCAUUUUGUGUUUCAAAAAAUGUUUUGAUGGCAAGUUUCUGAUCUGGUCUAUUGAUUUGUAGAUAAAUGUUUUAGAUUCCCUGUUGUGAAUUGCUUACAGUCUCAGGACACAGAGUGCCUUUGGUGUUUGGAAAGUGCCUUAUGCAGGGCAGCCUGUGUAUCAUUGGGCAGGAAAUAGUUUUCCCAUCCCACAAAAAAUUUUGAUAUUUAAAAAAAAAAAAAAAAAAAUUCUGUCCCAAAUUGGGAUGAAACCAUUUCACAAUUUCCCAAACAAGCCGAGAGCAACCCACUCCCCCAACCGUGAGCGCACUCACCUGAGAGGGAGGAGAUACAAGUAAGUCGCUGCUCUGAAUGGGACUUGACCGGGGGUUUUUCACAUCCCAGGUGAGGGCCCUGACCCCCAGGCUAUUCUCACAUAGUCUGGCCUGGCUGUGAGAACUCGUCCCAAGGAAAGUUUCACCAAACAAGCUCUGUUUCUGCAAAAGGGUUUGCGUUCACUGAAUCGGCAUUUUCAAACAAGGAGCGGCUUUAUCAAAAGAUUCCUGACUAGCACGAGAGGGACUCUCCCAGAAACAGAUAACGAGACUGGCAUUCGUUAUAACAGCACUAACGAGCACCACACUCUGUGGGGGGUGCCAAAAAGGAGCCUGACAGAAGUUCUGAUCCAAAGCUUAUUGAAAUUACUGGAAAAACUCACAGGACUAGAUGGUCAAAGGUGGGAGAUGAGAAUUGCAAUACCUGUGAGGUUCUGGGCCCCAUUAACUUCACUGAGCAGCCCCCUUUGACACUGUCAUACCAGCAUCCCCUGUACGGGACUGCCCCCUAGAGACCGAAUUACAAAUUAUUAUUUUAAUGUUUGAUACUUAGCGAUCACAUUGUGCUAGACUCUGUAAAAUACCGUACUCUUACCAUGUGCUGUACCUGUUGUCGUUUGUCGUACGCUUGUCUAUUCUGCGUUUGUACAGCCCCUAGCACAACUGAGCCCUGCUCCAUGACUGGGGCUAAGUGCCACUGGAGUACAAAUACAAUGGCACCGUCCCUCUUUACAGAGCAUGGUAUGUGCGCCGGUGAGUUCUCUGAUGGCUGCUGAGUCCGAUGGGCGAGUGACAGUCCAGUCCACAGGUACGACACACCCACACGUUAGCAAUGCUCUGAAUCCGAGUAGCAGAUUCUUUCCUCCUCCGAUGCCGGGCAUCGGAAAGCUUGAUCCAGGCCGCCUCGCUCCAUCUACAAGCUGCCUCUGCCAACCGGCGCGGCAUUCUGCAUUCCUUUCUCAAUCAUCCAGCGAGAUUCCAAAGGACACUAAGUCAGCUUUGCAAGCAUCCCGGAAUCUGCCUCUUUCUAAACGCUUUGCGAGUGUCAAAGAACUGCAAACUUCAGGAUCCUGUCAUCCGGCAUUCGUGUGACACGACCAAGCUGCCUGAGUCCUUUCUUACUAAUUAACGUUCCCAUAAAUGACAUACCAGCACGAGUUAGCACUUCCACGUUUGUCACCCCGUCUUGCCAUCUUCUUUGAAGAAUUUUGCUCAAGCAUCUGACAUGGAAGCUGGUUAGUCCUCCUGGUAUGUUUGGUGUAAGUCGUCCAUGUUUCUGAGUCGUAUAGAAGAGUGGAUAAUACACACAUUUUAUAAAUACGGAUUUUCACUUUAAUUGACCAUUUGUCACUGUUCCAGGCUCUGUCUUGCAAAAGACAAAAGUUCCCGGCUGCUUUGCUGAUUCUGUUAGUGAGCUCAGCAUCAAGAUCUACAUUGCUGGUAACAGUAGAGGCAAGGUAGCAAAACUGGUCCACAACAUCCAGACGAAUACCCUCUAAGGUGAUAUCUGGAACUGAUUCUGAAGAACUUCGAGGCAUGAUAACAGUCUUCAAGCUUAUUGCUAGCUCAGAGAUUUUGCAUGAAUCAGAGCACUUGGUAAUAAGCUGUUGCAGGACAUCAACACAGUGAGCCACAAGACCUGCAUCAUCUGCAAACAGGUCCCUUAUGAUGAUCUCCUUCAGCUUCAUCUUAGCUCUGAACCGUGCAUCGUUAAACCAAUCUCGAUCAUGUCUAGUGCUAAUACAGAGACCCUCUCGAACACCACGGAACGCACGUUCAAGCAGGAAUGGGAAGUAAAUAUUAAACAAUGGAGGAGCCACUACGCAACCCGGCUUCACUCCAUUGUUGAUGUUAAAUGACUGGGGGUAAGUGUUACUUGUAAUACCAAUAAAUAAUAAUAUACUAACAUGUAACAAAAAGCUGCCCCAAAGAGUUUACGAUCUAAGUGCAAGACAACAAUCAGGGAGAGAACCAGAAAACAAUGAGGAUAUUGUUGCUGGACUUUCAUUCUAACUGUCUAAGCCAGUGGUUUCCAACCUGGGCUCCGCGGACCACUGGCGGUCCGUAGAUUAUGUCUAAGGGGUCCGCAAAAGAUAUUGUUACCGUAGAACAGUGGUUUUCAACCUGUGGUCCGUGGAACCCUGGGGAUCUGCAGACCAUGUCUAAGAUUUACAAAGGGGUCCACACCUCCAUUUGAAAUUUUGUAGGGCUCUGCAAAUGAAAAAAGUUUGGAAACCAAUGGUUUUAGGCUAAGCCAUGGGGCUUAGGGCAUGUGUAUCUUAUUAUUUUUGUUUCAUAGGGCGUAGGGGACCCUGUCAUUCUGCUUCUCUUCUCUAGAUGACCCCUGGACUGUCCCAUGAUGGACGCGCAGUGUGAUCCAGGGACCCCUUAGUGCCACCUGCCAAAGGGGCCAGAGUGGGAGCCCAGGGGUGUGAGCAUUCUAGCUCACCAAAGAGCAUCAUGUGAGGUCUCAAAUUCAAGCGUGCGUCACACUGGUCACCAGCAUCAUUGUGAAACACGUACGGCUGCUGUGCAAGCAGUUCUGUGUAAACACUGACCAUUAUGGUCCCCAUGUCUGUGUCUAGGUAGGGGGUCACUGGCAAAGGUGUAAACCAGGUUUUCUGUCAGACAAAGGCUGUUUCUCUCUCUCCCUGGCUGUUUAUAGGUAAAUUAAGUGUUGGAUAGUUCACAUUUGGGCUCCUCUUCCGGGUCUGAACCAAAUGCUAAGGAAGGAUGGGGGAAACCACACAGAGAGAAAAGUAACAGGAUGGAACAGUGCGAGUUCCUUUGUUUCUGCCUCUAUUUAUAACUGGAAAUUAAACCCCGUUGCUUUGUCAGGAACAUAAAUGAUCCUGCUACUGCAGUCGCUGAGUGCAUAGAAACUGACCGCAGCUUCUGGGCAAAUGCUCUGAGUUAUGACAUUUGGUCUGUAAUAACAUGUAUGUACCGUAUCUGUCUCAUUUGUGCCUGAAUUCUGUUUAUAUUUAUAUGUAAUAUAUUGACCGACUUGUGGUGGUGGUUUUUUUUUAAGUAGCAUGGGAGAAGCUCUCUCUCUUGUGGGAUAUGCGGAUCUAAGGUUUUCCUUCAUCUUCCUCAUCCUCACCCAAUAAAUGUGCUGUUUUGUGAAAUUCUA